GCUAUUGUCAAUGUUAAUUUAGAGUGGAAAGUAAAAGGUGAUGGGUGUGUUGCUUUGUGUUUGUUUCUUAUUUUUGGUAGAAACGAUCGGAACAUAAACAAAAUCAAACAGUAGUGAAUCAAUCAUUAUUUUUAUCAACACAGUUUUUAGAUUAGGUCUUUGUAAAUUAAAUUCUUUCAACACCUUGUUUUGAUCAAUGGUUGUGUUACUAAUUUAAACAAAAACAAAAUUUAAAACAAUUGAAUAAAUUACUUAGUGUAAUGUUUUUAUUAAGUGAUAUCAGCUAUAUUAGAUUCGUAGCAAACGCGAGUAUUUAGCUGAUUACGAUAUUUAACGAUAAUGGCUUUCGUAAGUAAAUACUGUGAACGUAAACAUGGAUGUGAGUUUUGAUCGUGUUAGUAGUGUCCGAAUUACGAAAUCGCGAUGUCGUCGCCAUGCCAAAAAGGCGGGAUGCGCCUCAGUGAAGCCCUGGAUAACAUGCAGCUUGCCUACAACCCAAUAACAAAACAGCUACAUUUCGUGAGCCCUAAAGUGGAGAAACCUGUGGAGGAAACAUCUGACGAUAUUGACAAGUUGUCUAAGAAGAGUAGUUUCAGUGAUGAAGGGAACUUCUCCCUGUCAACUUGUGAAAAGAGUGACACCAGUGAUUCUCCCAAGAGUACCCUGCAAUGGGGGAGUGUGACCGGCCACCACAGAGGUAAAGAUGGUGGCUCUUUCUCAAGCACAGUUUCCAGUCUGUCUGAGUGUUCCCUUGGCUCUGCUGCAUCUAAGGAUGAUGAAGUCCCUGAUGUCACUUUGAAUGAUCAAGAGCAGUCAAUCAAACAAGCCAUCAAGAAGAAGGGAAUCUCUGGAUUUUUUAGCAGAGGAGUAUUUCCAUGGAAAAGCAAUUCAUCAAAGAACCACGAACCACAGUCUCAAUCUUCAGUGGUAUCAUGGCGGCUCUUUGGCAGCAAGUCCAACGGGAACUUGGCGAACAAAACCUUAACGUCGGAAGCCCAAAAAACCCUGACUCCAGCGUCAUCGGUGGCCAACACUCCGCAUCAUCACAAGAGACAGGGGAGUUCUGCCAGUGAGAAGCAGUUCGAAGAUCUGGUGGCCAGUUCCAUGGCUUUAAUACAACAUGAUAGGCCAUCAAACCUGCCGGCUAAGUGCACGGAGGAGGCGCUUCGGCAUAAGGCAGAGCAUGCUCGCAUGGUGGAGGCUGCUAGGAGAAGGGUUGAGAGGGAGGCGGCCGCGAGGCAUGCCCGCAUGCAGGAGUCACUGCGGUUGGAGGAGCGGCUGGCGAGGCACGCGCGGGAGUGGACGCAGAACAUACUGCCUGAUUGGCAGAAUAUGAAAAACUCAAAGCGCACACUAGAGCUAUGGUGGAGCGGGCUACCACCCGCGGUCCGCGGUAAAGUCUGGCAACUGGCCAUAGAGAACAAACUGAAAAUCACACACGACAUGUACCAAGACUAUGUAGCGAAAGCCAAACAGAAGCUGCACGAGGCACAGCUCAGGAGGAAAAGGUUAAAAGUCAACAAAAACGAGAAAUGCAGCUGUCAGGACGAAAAUAAAGAACCGAAAAAAGAAAGCAAAGAAAAACCCGCAGAACAGAAAGAAGGCAAACUGGACGAUAUCCUCGCCAAAACCGAAGUCAGAGUUAAACCCGAAGAGGAAAAACCCCGUUUGGGCAUCCCUAGGAACUACAGCGAGCAGAAUCUAAAAUCUCAAACUGCAGAAUCGUGCCCGAAGAAGUGCUGUUCAAAAUCGAACCCUAAUCUACUUGACUAUAGUGACGAGUGUUCAAUGGAGCUGAUCCAGUUGGACAUCGCGCGGACGUUCCCACACCUGUGUAUCUUCCAACCCGGCGGGCCGUAUUUCGAUGUGUUGCACGAGUUGCUGGCGGCUUACGUGUGCUAUCGACCUGAUAUUGGAUAUGUACAGGGUAUGUCAUUUAUAGCGGCCGUGUUAAUAUUGAACAUGGAAGCUCCUCAGGCCUUCGUGUGUUUCGCCAACCUGCUGGACGGGCCCGUGCUGAAAGCUGCUUUCAGUAGAGAUGGGGCUACUAUGCAGCGGCUGUGGAAGGCGUACUCGCGCCUGCUGCGGCUGCACGUGCCGGGCGUGAGCGAGGCGCUGCUGCCCGAGCUGUACCUGGUGGAGUGGCUCUACACCGCCUUCGCCAAGGCCAUGCCGCUGGACGCCGCCUGCCGCGUCUGGGACCUGUUCCUAAGGGACGGAGAUGUCUUCCUCUUCAACACGGCGCUAGGUAUCUUACAUCUAUACCAAGACGAGCUGAAAGACAUGGACUUCAUAACCGCCGCUCAAUUCCUAACAAAACUCCCUGAAGAUCUGGAUACUGAGGCGUUAUUCAAGAGCAUAUCGGCCGUCUCCAUGACCCUAGACGGCAUGUCGUUUGAGGAGCUGGCCUCCUGCUGCGAAGUCGACACUACCCUGGACGAUGACGUCACAGUAAGGUUAUGAUAUAAGAACUUCACUGAUAUAGGCUUCUGGGACCUCAUUGAUGCGUUAUCCUUUAGAGUACGGUUAUAGUUUUCGAUUUAUAGAUCUGAUCCUAUAACUGAUUGUCGGUUUCCCAAUGACUUUAUUUUCCACUAAAAGAUUUUAGUGAAAAAUUACGUCAUUGGGAAGGUGAACUUUUAGUGUCGUUUAUGUAAAGAGAUUUCGUGAACAAAUUACGUAUUCCGUAGGUAGUGACAAAUCGUGCUGGAAAUUAAAGAACUUUGCUCAAAUACUUAUGAAAGAUGUCCUAUAUCUCAAUGGGCAGAUAGCGUGUCUGAUUAUUACCUACGGAAUACGUGUGAAUAUGUAAGGAAAAAAUGUCUGUCUACCACCACUCCCUAAAGUAAUAUAAUUGUACUUGUAGAAGAGAGAUGCUCUACGGUGUAUAAUGCUCUGUCCCGCUUCGACAACUGUUACUCUAAGGGGUGUUGGCAGGUCCUCUGUGGUCCUAGUUGCAAUAAAACCCAACAAAAAGUAAGCCCCGCCCCAUGUGUGAAGUGUAGUGAAUGAGUGAAGCGGCGAAUGAAUGAUAAAGAUUAAAGAAGAUGAAUGAAAUGUGGUCGUUAUUUGUUUUGUGGUAGAUAUAAAUGCAAAGAGCUAACUCUUGCUUGUAAAAUAAUUUGUAGGUUAUUGUUUAAUGUAUUUGAAUGUUGAAAGAUGAUAUUAGCAUGUUCGAUUCGAUGGGUUUUUGUACUGUGACGUCAUAGCACAUUAUUUAUACGAAUUAUUUUCUGAAUUAAUUUAAAGUUUCAAGAUGUAAAUAGUAUAAUUUGAGAUAUUAUUUUGAUUUUGAUUGAUUUAUUGCAAAAAUUGGUUUGAAUUUUACAAAUAAUGUUUUAAUUUGAUAUGGAGAUUAAAUUACAAAUAUUUACGAGUGAUUGGUGGUUGUAGCUACUGUAGGUCGAUAUAUCUCAAGCACUAUCAGCUAUCGAGCAUUGAGACUGCCUAGUACCUAACGUCUCCGAAUUUAUUCAAUAUAACAAGACGUACUCUGUGAUUUUCGAUAAAUUAAUUAAAAUCACUGUAAAUAUGUUUAUUGUAUACAUAUCAUAUACAUUAGAUUCAAAUUAGUCAUUUGAAGUUCUAAGCUACAUUAAACGGUUGUGAUAGAACUUGAUUUGGUUAAUUAUGUCGAUAAAGGACAUCACUAUUUUAUCGAUAUAAAAUGACAAAUCUUAUAUCGAUAAAGUAUUGAUUUAACAUCCGAUUGUUUUUAUAUUAGCGACAGUUUUAUAAUUGAAUUGAAUUUAAAUAUUUUCUUUUGACAUAUCUGUUGCUAAUAUAGAAAUAAUGUUGCGACUCAUGCUUUGUAUGACUUUGAUAAAUAAUAUUAACACCGCUUGGUCGAUUAGUUGGCUGGUCCGUGGUCGCUAUUGUCUCGUAUAGUGAAGGAAGAGCUUCCACAAAGCAUUAAAACAUCUUCUCUUUGUUUAAAUUAAUUCUAAAAUUACUAAAUAAUUAUAUUUCCUAUACAGCAUGUAUGGUCGCAACAACAUACAACUUCAUCUUCGUACCUGUUUCUAUAAACAUUAUUUUACAAUAUCAUAAGUUAGCUAUAGGAUUAUUUAAGUAUCCUAACUUAAAAUCAUGAAUUAACAUUUUAUACAUGCAAGUGAUGCGAAUCGAAUUCGCGAGACUGCGAUAUUUGCAAUAUUUCAUAGAUAUUUUUAUUUUAUUUUGAAUUUAUCUACAAUGGUUAUCAAGUCUUAUGAAAAUCAAUGUAAUUUAAAUCUUUUGCUAUAUUUAAAGUUGAUAGAAAAGGAUGAUAAUUUAAUAAUUAUAAAUCUUAAAAUAUUUAUUCUAUAAAAUGGAUAUACUUGUCUCUUUCCCGCUCAAUACUUUAUGUAAAGAGUAAAAGAGAUAGCUGCUUCAAUAUUUUCUGUAGUAUAAUUGUUAGAGUAUUAAAGAAGUUGUACAUUAUGGUUUACGCGUAUUAAAGCAAUACGAUUUUAUAAUGUUCAUAUUAUUGUCACUAGAUUGUUAUGAAAAUUGUUUGUCAUGUGUAUAGAGUUAUAAAUUUUCUAAAAUGUAGUGUCAAAUUGUACUUUGUGUAUCUGUACUGGUUUGCAUUGCCUAAUGAUAUAGAUUUGUUGUCAUAUAUUUAUGAUAUGUUAUUGUAUCAGUUCGUCUUGCAAAAGCCUUUAGAUACAAAGACGUGGACAAUACCUAUUUGCCUGGUUUGCACACUAGUUUAAAUUAGCGUCCAUUAAAUUUUCGCUUGUAAAAUCAUACAUAUUUUAUAGUCAAGAGAAUGAGAAAUUAUUUGUUAUAUUAAUAACAACCAGUAAAAAAAUAAAAGAAGAUCGUAUAUAAAUUAUUUAUCUAUUAAAUAGCUGUGCAAUAAUGUAUCAAAAUAACAUCAUACGAUAUUUAUCACAUAUUUACAUUUACGAUAUAGAAGAUGAAAGUUACGCAAAGCACUUCGAACUCUAAUUAGUACUGCAUGUAAUUAUGUAACUUGUGUGGGUGUUUAUGUACACUGUGUUAAAUUAUUAUUAAUAAUAUAUUAUUAUAGUGUUUGUCAAUUAUAUUAUAUCUUAUGAAGUCUAUAGUGGCGGACGGAGACGUUCAUGUUAUGUAAAAAAAUAUAUUAAUUAAAAGAAAUAACAGUUGAACUAAAAAUAUGAGCAUAGAUCUUUAAUCAUAUAGUCGAUAGCUACAGUUUCUUUAAAUUCGGUUAGUUUUUCUUGUUCCAAAACAAAUGUUUUAAGGAAAUUAUGCUUGUUAUUUACAAAAUAUAAUUUAUUUACCAUUUAACAAAUCUUUAACCGUACUAACGUUUCCGCCAGCCACUUUAGUAUACUAUUUAGGUACUUUAACAUAACAUACUAUUACCUAAUUAUAUAUGAAUAACGAUCAACGAGUAGUAAACCGGCCUAAUAAUUAAUGAAAAGUAUCGAAUCUAUCGAGAAGUAAUUAUAAUUAAAUUAAUUAGCUUUUAAUGUAUGGAUAAUUAUUAUAUGCAAGCAUGGCUGUUUGGUAUGAAUGCGUUUUCAAAUUAUAAAUAUUGAGUUGUUUUUUUUCGGUUCUAUUUUGUUUUCGUCUUAUUCAUUUCUAUGGUAUAUGCAAAUUAAUGUUUGGUUACGAUAGGGUGGAAUGGUUCAUUUAUAUAUUUCAUCUUAGGUAUUAGAUACAUAUUUCUACACUAGAAAUAUUAUUUUUAUUAUUCAAGCUUUUAGUAAUUCAGUCAUUCAUAAAAUAUAUGAAUGAUUUAUAUGAUAUAUUUUAUGAAUGAAUGACAUUGUAUGAAAAUGUGCAUGGUUGUGUCAAGUAUAUACUAAUAAUAUAUCUAGAUUAUAAAUACUUAUAUAUUUGUAUAUAUAUGAUUAAAUAUAAAUAUAUUAAUAAUACUACAUUUUCAAAUCAGUAAAUAAUCGCAAAAAUGUGUCUAGUAUAUAUUUUAAUGUACGUAGAAAUCGUUUAAGAUCUACAGUUGAUCAAGCCUCGUUUAAUAAACAAAAGGAGUUUAAAUUCUGUGUAUCUAUACCAAUGGUUACUAAUCGCGAAAACCAA